AUGGGUUUUCUGGUUAACGGCGGUCAAGCUGAGAGUAGAACAUACGAAAGUAAACGUGUAGAAGUCAACGCUGAGCCUUUCAAGUCAAUAACUUAUAUAUACAGUACUGUAUGUCUGUAUCUGCAAAUCAACCAAUCAAAGAUGGCAACACCAUUGUUUCAGAUGGUGAGACGUAUGAACUGGGGUUUUUUAGCCCCGGAAAGUCAAAGAAUCGAUAUUUGGGGAUAUGGUACAAAAACAUAUCACCCUGUACAGUUGUCUGGGUUGCUAACAGGCAGACACCAAGAAUGGACCAUGUGGUUGAUGCUUGUAGUCGUUAUGGACCAUGUGGUCCAUUUGGAAGCUGCAGGAUGAAAAGUUCUGUCCCUUGCAGUUGUUUGGAAGGUUUUGAACCAAAAGUCCCAGAAGAAUGGAAAGCAGGGGAUUGGUCGAGUGGGUGUCAACGUAGAAAGCCAUUGGAUUGUAGGACUCCGGAUUUCUUCCAUAAAAUUUCAGGAGUGAUUUUUCCAGACACACGACGUUCAUGGUACAACAAAAGCAUGACACUUGGAGAAUGUGAGAUGAUCUGCAGAAGGGAUUGUAAUUGUACAACUUAUGCUAAUUUAGAUAUCAGAAAUGGGGGAAGUGGAUGUAAUGGAUUGUAAAAUAUUCAACGUGUCUCGC